AACCAGUCUAAGAAACCAUCAAUCAAUCAACAUGAAGUGCAUCGCCGUCGUCGCCACCUUCUGCCUGCUGGCCGCUUACGUCGCCGCCGACAAGGAAGACAAGAUGCUGGGCUCCUCCUACGGUGGUGGAUACGGCAAGCCCGCCGCUGCUCCGGCCUACGCCGCCCCUGCAGCUCCCGCUUACUCGGCUGCCCCCGCUGCCCCGGCCGCCCCCGCCUACUCGGCUCCAGUCUCCAUCCCAGCCCCACCCUGCCCCAAGAACUACCUGUUCAGCUGCCAGCCCAACCUGGCCCCAGUCCCAUGCAGCGCCCCAGCUCCCAGCUACGGAUCCGCCGGUGCCUACUCGCAGUACGCCCCCGUCUACGCCCACCAGGCCGCCCAAUGGUAAUCUGAUCAAAGGAUUCCACUGAUCGCAGAUACAGACAACCACUAUCAGAAAAUAAAAAUACAAAAAAAUUAUGUUAAAACAUAAA